AUGUCGUCUCAACAAGUCGCCCACGCCGCCACAACCGGCUUUGACAACGCCUCUGCAUAUGACGUCCAUCGCCCGUCGUACCCACCCCAAGCAGUCCAGUCAUUAUUGGAAAACCUGGGCGUGGCUAAUAAACCGCAUGCGAGAAUAGUUGAUCUUGCGGCUGGUACAGGCAAGUUCACCGAGUUACUGGCUGCCCGGGAGGAACAGUACGAGAUUGUGGCCGUGGAACCAGUGGCCAAGAUGCGAGGGAGUCUCGAGGGUAAACAUCUGAAGGGUGUGGAGGUGCGUGAUGGCCUGGCUACGGGUAUGGAAGUCGGUGAUGGGUGGGCAGAUGCUGUCAUCGCGGCUCAGUCGUUCCACUGGUUUGCAAACGAGGAGGCAUUAAAGGAGAUUCAUCGGGUUUUAAAACCAGGCGCCAAGUUUGGCAUCAUCUGGAACAUUGAGGACUACAAUCAACCGCCGCACUGGACGGCGUCUACGGCAUGGGAAAACAAAAUGAAACAACUUAUCCUUGCGCUGCCGCCAGAUGGUACCGACCGGUUCCGUGACGAUAAGUGGCGACAGGUGUUUGAGCGUCAGGCCGAGGAUGCUGCGCCGUGGUUUGAGGUGCCGAUUCAGGAGGACAAGAUUCCGUUUACAGAGCGGCGUACGAAGGAGUUGCUGUGGGAUCGGAUCCAUACGCUCAGUCAGGUUGCUGUGCUGGGGGGUGCGGAUAAGGAUGUCUUUAAGAAGAGGUUUGAUGCGAUUCUGAGAGAGGGGGAUCAGGUGUGGAAUGAGGAGGGGGAGGUUGAGUUUCAUGGGUUUACGACGUAUGGGUGGACUAGGAGGUUGUAG